CCAUCCCUUGGCUUCUCGGUUACGUCUGUCAUCACUGGAGAGUUCUCUCCCGGUCCUCCCCUUCCUUGUGGACUAACAUAUCCCUCGAGAGCGUGUGCUCUUCCGACCUCUCAUCCGGUCGACGCAGUCUACGCAAAAAUCUCCUCUCCCUCUCGGGAGGUUUGCCGCUUAGGAUUAUAUGGAGAUGCUCCAUCCUUACGAGACGCACAUGCCCCAUCGUCCAGUUUGCCCAGGCGAUGAUAGAAGUAUCAUCUGGGAAGACAUCGCUCUCCACUCACACCGAUGGUCCCACAUAAACCUCACGACAAAGGGGCCAAUGAUAGCCCUUCAGAACUUCACUUGUUAUUCACCCUUGCUACGCAAUCUUCGCUCAGUCAUGCUUGAUGUUUCUUCCCCCACCGACAUCUGUCGCCUAUUUUCCUCAGCUCCCCUUCUCCAGGAUCUCGCCUUCUGUGGGAGUAUUACCCUAUGGCGGGAACUCGCACGAACGAUACCCCUUCACCAGCUCGUCAAUCUCAUGGUAACCGUAAGAAUCUACGAACCAGACGACGCGAAUCCAGAUUUCUACGCCUGCCUGAAGGAGGCUGCCCUCUUGGAGGGCUUGCAUUUCAACGUUGCACGUAUCGUUCCGAGACCCUCUACACCGUCUGAUGUACCGCUCUCUCUUGCCUUCAUCCAUACCCAUAUCCAUAGACUGACGUUGAACGGCGAGAUUCCUUCCGUUCUAGACCAGUGCUCCAUGCCGAACUUGAAGGAACUGUUCGUCUACAGCGAAUACAGGCCCUAUGUGGGGGGACUACUAGAAAUCGAUCCCGCUGAUAUCAAGCGCCUUGUUCGUUUUGUAUCGCGUUCAGAGUGCAGUGUGCGAACGUUUUCGUGCUUCAGACCAAUGCCACUUUCGACAUUCAAAGCGUUUGGAAGGAGUGGUCGUCGUCGUCGUCGUCAUUGACAAAGCUCACUAUCACCGUUACCUCAGCGACUCGAGCGGAUGCUGUUCGAGAGCUGACCUUUGAGGAGGAGGGCAAACCCGGUAUCCUACCAAACCUCCAGCAUUUGACGCUGCGUACGUCUGAAGGCGUGUGUAUCUUCCAGGACGACAG